CAGUAAUACGCCUGGAUGAUCGUUUUUCAGUGACUUGCUACGUAAAGUGGAACUUAAGACAGAAAAAGAAGUUGAAGCACGGAUGCUCUAUCUUAUUUUGCAAUAGUUACAAAAAGCUUCUUACAAUAUUUGAGUCUGCUUUCAAAUGCGCACGGUUAAUUAAACAUGCCAGUGAUUCCAGAUCAAGUCUCUCAAACCGGAGAGUCAUCAAAGUCAGUCGGUAAACACAAGCCAGCCAAACAGGCCACCAAGAAACCGCUGGACACUCGAGUGAACAUCGGACGAGCCUUUGGCGCAUGGCGCUCACUGAAAAAGGCUAAAGGAUUACAGACUGAUCCCGAAGUGGCCAAAUAUCUUCUUGAUCUAAAAAGCUCGUCGUCCCCAGAUUUACCCUCAACCGAACCCAAGGGUGAAAAGAAGUUUUCCCAGUCAGAGGUGCAAAGCCUGGUUGAGAAGGAAGUCCAGUCGGCCGUGAAAAGGAAAGAAAUGGAGCUCCAGGGUUUAAUAGACAAUAUUAAGGAGAUCAACCAUGAAGCCGACUUUGAAAGUUUAAUGCAGAAACUGCAGGCUCGAAUUGACAACGUAUCCAGAAAAGCAGACAAAGCUUUUGCUUACCUGACGGCGUCUCAGAACAAGUGUCCAUGUCCUGCUGACAUCACCAGGAAAGACCCGGACAACAGAAGCGUGGAAACCAGCUCACAUACUGAAACACUGGACGUUAAGACAACAAAGACUGGAGAGAUCAAGCAUAUAAUAGAUAAAAUCAGAGGUGCACUGGAGAAACUUCAUUCAGAAAAAGAUGUUUUAUUGGCAUCUGUGUCAGGUUUGAAUGCUGAAGCCUACCCGCCUUUUCUCACGCCUUACGGCUCAUCGAAAUUGAAGAAAUGUCCGGAUGUGAAAACCCCAGAGAAGGAAGAACCUCAGCAGGACGAUGAGACUGAGACGUUUGAGCCAAAGGCCAAGAAGAUCAAAACUGAACCUCUUGAGAAAACCAGUCCUGUAGAGAUGGAGCAAACCAGCUGUCAGAUCGUGAAAAAAGAAACUCAAACGGAAGAGACUUUAGAAGAAUUUGACAAGCCAGAAGAUAAUCUUUUCAAAAUAAAAGCCGAUCCUGAGUGCAGCUCUGCCACUGAAGGAAACGAUGGAAGCAGCGAUCAGCAGGAACUGCUUUCCUAUCCUCCGCUUCCUCCAGUCCCCUUUCCGCUGUUUCUGAGCAUUGAAGCGGCUUCGUACAGCAUCCCUCAGAAAGUAGAGGUCAACCUGGCGCUCAUCAGAAACCCCACUCGACUGUCGGUGCUCUGGAACGUGACGGAGGUGGACCCCGGUGCUCCGCCCAUGGAAAGCUACACCAUCUUCCUGACGAUGGAAAAAGUAAAAGGUAGCGGCAUCUUCUCAGACUGGUUGACCUACAAUAGGGUGGAGGCUAAAGCCCUCCCCAUGUGUGCCCUCAUCAAGAAGUACAAGCCGGGCCACAAGGUGUGCGCCGCUGUACUGGGCAAAGACGCAUUCGGCCGAUAUGGACCCUACAGUGAAGUUGUUGCUGCCACUAUACCGGAAUAGAUGCAAGAAGGAUCCGGAAAAGGAUCUUUUAUUUUUACACGUUUGUUCUUGUUAUCAUACAAGUUACCCAGUGGUGCUUUUUUUUUUUCUUUCUUUUUUUGUAUUUUAAUUUUGAAUAUUUUGACUUGCCACUGGUAUUGUGAAUGUAUUUCAUGUUGUACUGAAUUCCAAAAUCUGAUUUUAUGAGAGAUUCAUACACAAACCUGCUGCUUUACGUUGUAAUAAAUCAUUUCUAUUUGAAUCUGGUGACUAAAUAAAGCAAACGUUUUUUUUUAUAAGUAUUUAAUGUUAAAUCGUACAGUAUUGUUAAAACGUAUUGGGGUUUUUGAAGUUUAAACAUGUUUAUAAAGGAAAAUGAAUGUAGCUGUUGUUCAGUAUUCAUGCCGGUUUUGCCUUUCCAUAAGUCAAAGUAUUUUCAGUUGAACUGCUGCUAGUGUUCAGAGAACUUCUUAGUGUUGUUUGGAAACACUGAAAUCCUUUUGUGAUUAAAGAGGAUCAAAUGAGUCUGGAAAGUU